AUGGUCGUCAACCUCGCCGAGGAGGUCCUGAGCAGUGUCUUGCAGGCGGCAGAAGCGCUCCGCGGCGCUGUACUUGCUGCCGAGUCCGGAUGUAUCGAGAGCUUGCGCUGGUCUGGAGCGAUGCCGCUGUUGCUGCGCGAUUUCGGCGUCGAGAACGUUCUCUCGGCCGAGCAGCUGCUCGCGUGCGAAUCGUCGGAGACGCUGCGUCGUCUGCUGGGCGUCUCUGCCGCCAGCAAGAGUGUUGAGCACGUUGUGCUGAUGCUGUCGGGGUUCUUGUGGGAUUACGAAGCGGCUCUGAAGCGGCUAUUGACGCUGAACGUCGUGGCUCGACUCACAAUCUGUAGCAGUCUCUCGGAACGUGCGCACGAGUGCUACGAUAGGGGCACAGCAGCGCUCCUCGACCGAGUGACAGGAGACGAAGAUACUGCCAUGCAUUUUGAAGAGUUUGCUGCUGGUUUACUGGACAAGAACGCACCAGAGCGGACGGCAAAUCGAGCAGAAUUGAAAGACGGACAGCACGACGACGACUGGAGCUGGAAUGAGGAUGGAAGCGCAGACGAAUUUGUCGCUGACAUUCAGUGUUGUUCUGAGUUCUACACGUGCGUGCGUGUUGUCCACUUACCGCUGAGUGUAGUGCCGUUGCUGUCGUCGAAGACGCUGAGUCCCGAGCCGUCGGUGUUUGUGCUGUCGCACCCGACGUGUGCUUCUGCUUUCCCGUUGCUGCUACACCAAGUGGAAGACGAGAGAAUGUUUGCUGGGCGGCGACAGAAAAGCAUGAAGACGGGCGGCGUGGGAGAAAAGGACACUAAGAUGUACGCGCAUGUAAAGGACGUGUUGCCGGAGCAUAUUCCGAGCUCGUUUCGAAAGUCGAUGCGAUUGCUGGCGUAUACGCUUGCAGAAAUGACGGUCGGUGCGCAACUGGACGUCAGAGACCGCAUAUUUGCAGUUGGCACAACGUCGCUAAAGAUUGGCCACACGUUAUUGCGAAUCUUGAGUGACAUGCAAGAGGCGACUCCUGUAGCACUUGCAGGACAGCAAGUUACCUCGAUGGUCAUCCUUGAUCGGACGUGUGAUUUGGCUUCGCCGUGCUCAUUUGAUAGAUCUCUUCUUGAUCGUAUUCUCGAUUUACUACCCCAAACGCCUACAUACUGUGCUGCAGGAGAAGGCACGUCCGGACAUAGAACAACGACGCGACGAAAACUAAACGUGACCGACGUAUUCCCGCUGCAUGGGUGCGAGCCGACACCACUAUCAAUGCCGCAUGCUGCAACUCAUGACAAGCUCGAGUAUCUGCCGUCAGAGUUUGUUGCUCAGAUUCAGUGGAAGGGUGGCGCUAGUCUGUGUCAUCCUACGAUACCGAGCAGCUCGAAUGUCUUUCGAUCGUUAUCGUUCAGGCCGGCAAAGCUCGCACUGCGCGAUCUCGACAGACGGCUCCAAGCUGUAGAGCAAGAUCUGAUUCGACAGGGGAGCAUUCAGAAGUCUGCUGCCACGCGUAGGCCUGGAGAAAAGAUUCGUGGGCGUGAUGUUGUGUUGCGUCGCAUCAGCAAGAUAUUGGAGGCUGGUGAACCUACGAACCUGGAACAGAGCUCUCUGAUUGAGCUCGGCGUGAUUGUUCUAGAGACACUAAAUCGGAUGGAUCGGUCGCAAAAGCGGUGGGAUAAGUGCCGGGAACGGGCCGUGCGGCAUGUCGAGCUUCGUAAGAAAGGGGGUUGCGAGUGGAUUCUUCCUGAAGUUGCCGAUGCGAUGCAGCGCCAAACGUCUGCGCUACAGUCGGGCGCAUCUCACGUCAACGAAGAUAUUCUUUCGCUGCAUGAGUUGUUGAUACUGCUGGUAAAUGCGUUUGCCCUGUCCUCUGGUGUACAACUCGAGGACUUUACUACGCAAAUGGUGCAAAAAGCUCUCGUCGAGUAUGUUUUGCAGACCGUGAGAACGGACCCGCUGGCCGUUGAGCACGCGCUUCCGGGGCUGUACGAUCUGCUUGUUCCGUACCUUGGCAGGAAUGAACCAGAUGCAGGGCAUGAUGCUCCAGAUCAAGUUGGCAUCGAAAGUGGUGAUUGGGAAUGGACUGAUGGUGGCAACUCGCCGACCGGAACUUUCGACAAGCAUGAUGAUGUGCCGCUGCUUGAGGCGAGGCCCGUUAUCGAAACAUACGUCGAAAACUUGACCGAAUCGUUGGAGGAUUGUUUGGAUCAGUCUGUGGCGAUUCACGAUAACGAAGCAACCUCCCCGACUGAAGAAGAGCCGCAAUCGCUCAUUGCGCGACUAUGUUGUUCUAUUGUGGAUCCAUCAGGAGCAUCUAGUUCGGCGAUUCACCACGUCGUUGAUGCGUCUGAACAGCUGACGCGCGCAGGCAUCGAUCUACUCAAGAGCGGUCUCAACAAGUUCGGGUUUGGCAUGGGAGGCGGCAGUUCAGGUGACCAACACAGCACCAGAGGUAGCCGAAUAAUGGACGAUUCGAGCACGCUGAUUGUGUUUGUGGUGGGAGGCAUCACUUUCAAGGAGAUCCAAGAAGUGCACGAUGCGCUGAGCGACAACAAGAAGUAUCAGAUCAUUAUUGGCGGAACGACGAUCACGAACAGCGAUGUUAUACUGCAGAAGCUAUUCACUUUCUAA